AUGGGUGUCCAGGACGUCCAGAUCAAGGGAGCUAACUCCGUCGCCCAGCAUCUUGCAGGUGUCUUGCCUUCUGAUGGCAAGCCCUGGUAUCGACAAACCCACCUCAUCAAGCUCAACUUUAUUGUCCUGUCUCUGGUCCUGUUCUCUUCUGCAAAUGGUUACGAUGGCUCUAUGAUGGGAGGUCUCCUGGCUCUUCCCAAGUGGAAUACUUUCAUGGACCAUCCACAGGGCGCGUGGCUUGGAUUCAUCAAUGCCAUCUAUUGGAGUUUGAACGGCGUUUGUUUCUUCAUCGCCGCCUGGACAUCUAAUAAGUAUGGCCGCAAGUCUGGAAUCUAUAUUGGCUAUGUCUUCCUUGUUGUCGGUGUAACCUUACAAACCGCUGCUCAUAGCCCUGCCGCCUUCAUCGCCGCUCGAGGUAUCCUUGGUUGCGCUUCAGGAUGGUACACCGCUAGUGCUCCGUUGCUCAUUAGCGAGAUCGCCUUUCCCACUCACCGAUCUGUUUCGGCCGCUUGUUACCAGUGCGGUUUCUACCUCGGCAGCGUCAUCGCUGCUUGGGUCACCUUCGCUACUAGGAACUAUGCUAGCUCUUGGGAUUGGAGACUUCCGUCGCUUUUGCAAAUCCUUAUUCCGGCUCUGGCUCUCCCAGGAACUCUCAUGGCCCCAGAGUCUCCUCGAUGGCUUGCAUCUGUUGAUCGCGUUGAGGAGGCCAGGCAGGUCAUUGCUAAGCACCAUUCAGGCGGAGAUAUCGACUCACCUCUUGUCGACUUCGAGACGAGCGAAAUCGCCAAUACCAUCCGGGCUGAAAAGGAAGCCCAUGCCACCGCCAGCUAUGCCGAUAUGCUCAAGACUAAGGGUAACCGAUGGAGGGUGCUCAUUUCUGUUUCUUUGGGUAUCUUCAGUCAGUGGAGUGGCAACGGUGUCGUCUCAUACUAUCUUCCCCUCGUCCUCAACACUAUCGGCAUCACCAGUGUCACUAACCAGACCCUUAUCAACGCCUGCCUCCAACUCUGGAACCUGCUAUGGGCGUGCGGUGCCGCUGUAUCUGUCGAAAAAUUAGGGAGACGGCCUUUGUUUCUUACUUCCGCUAUUACCAUGCUGGUCAGCUACAUCGUCAUUACUGGCUUAUCCGGUUCCUUCGCCAGCACUGGGAGCGCUGCCGUUGGAACAGCUGUGGUUCCCUUUCUCUUCAUCUUCUUUGCUGGCUAUGAUAUUGCCCUUACCCCUCUUGCUAUCUCAUACCCUAUCGAGAUAUGGACUUUUGCCCUCCGAUCACGAGGUUUCAGCGUCUCGUGGAUCUCUGGUAUCCUCGCUGCUAUCUUCAACAUGUUUGUCAAUCCUAUUGCACUUGACAGCAUCGGUUGGAAGUACUAUAUCGUCUAUAUCGCCUUGCUCAUGGCUUUCCUUCUUACUGCCUACUUCUGCUAUCCCGAGACUCGAGGCCAUACUCUUGAGCAGAUGGCAUUUAUCUUCGACGGUGAGGAUGCUGAGUUGCUGCCCCGGGAGAGCAAGACUGAGGUUUUGGCCGAGGAAGCAGAGCGCAACAGUGCCUAA